AUGUCCUUCCAAGAAACAAUUGAUGAACUCGAGUAUUCCCACAUUCAAGAGCCAAGUAUCGCAGAAUACGUGCAACAGAUCACUCCCACUGAAAGCCCAAUUAUACAAACUCUCAAAAAUAUCCCAAUGCCUGUCCAGUCAAAGAUUGCGCUGAGUGCCCCGGAUCGUCUUUUCUUUAGGUUGAACGAACUCAUGAAACCCACCAAAGACCUUGGCUCUCUCCUUACCACCUUCAACUACGGCCUCUACCUCUUGACCUACUUCGACUCGAAAGCCUACAAUCUCAAGUCCAAAGCCUUAUCAUUCGUCAGACCCGAGACUGCUUUCACUGCUCUUCCUGGAGCCGCUGAUGCAGAAUCAUCUCCCUUUGCAAGACUGGGCUCCGUAGUUGCAAAUGCUAGGCUGACCUUGAGAUUAUUCGGCCUGCUCCCUAUUUACGUACGGGUCAGGAAGUUGAUUAGGGAUGGUGAGAGCAUGGACCCCGUACUCUACAUUAUCUCUUUUGUCCAGUGUUCCCUCUGUGCGGCGUUCCAGCUCCUUGAGAAUAUCGCUUUCCUCACGGAAAAAGGUGUCUUGAUGAAAUGUGGUCUGGGAUGGCUCUUCAAUGGCGCAGGUGGGCGGGUUGCAAACAAAUACAGGGUCGCUCAUAGGGCCUGGUUCUUGAGCAUCAUCUGCGACUUUGCUCGUCUUAUGCGUGAGGCUCAGAUAUUCUUUGCCAAGAACCAUCUAGAGAAGGGCAAGAUCACGCGAGAAGAAGCUGAGAAGGCAGUGCAGUGGUACUAUGAUUGGAUCCGUCCUCUCGCAUGGCUACCCAUCGGUUGGCAUCUGUCAGGAUGGAUGGGAGAUAAGGCACCAGGUUUUAACUUGGGAGUUCAAGGAGCAGCGGGUGUUUUGGCUGAUCUUAGAAGGACGGCUAUGCUCUGGCGUGCAACUCAAGAAGUCUGA